AUGAAUCUACUUCUUAUCGACUUCCACGAGCUGGCGAGGCAGAAUGUAAUCACUAAGCAAAUAUUGGAGGCUUUUAUUCAGAAGAAAUUGGGACUAGCGAGCACUAAUGUUAGAGCACCUUCCAUAUUUGAUAUUCUGCCAGGGAAAAAGACUGAAGAGAGGACAAUAAGAGAUUCAACAAAUCGCAGCUUGAAAAAUAUUCAUCCCCAUAUGUUAGACGAGUCAGAUAGGCCAGAAGAUGGGGAAAUGCCAGAAGAUACAGAUAUACUAGAUGAUACAGAAAUGCCAGAUGAUUCAGGAGUGGCAGAAGAUUCAGAUUUUCCUGAAAAUUUCGAUCUACCAGAUAUAACAGUCCAAGAUUAUGGAGAAGAUGACAACUUGCAAAGCGUCGAGAGUGAACAAGUAGACUCUAUUUAUUCCGAAGGUAGGAGUAAAAAGUAUACAAGUCAGUUUAUUGAAGGCGAGUUGGAACCUUUUAAUCCGUUGAUUGAGUUAUUUAUGGAUCCUAUUGACAUCAUAUCCGCUUGUACAGUGCCUUAUUAA